AUGGCUCAUCUUUUGAAGAUCUUUCUUUGGCUCUUCGGACUCUUCACUGCCGCAUUGUCGCAGGUCAAGGUCGGCUGUCCACCUGGAUUCACACUUAUAGAGGAGAAAUGCUACUACGUAUCUCUGGAGAAGGAGAACUGGUUCAAUGCCCAUCGACGGUGUUUCACGCUGAACUCCACUCUUGUCGUCUUCGAUGAUGAAAAGGACAUGAAGGUGGUGACAGCCAGCUUGAAGGUCCUGGGCUUGCCCUUCACCAACGGCUGGGCGGACUCCAUAUGGACGGGCAUCACAUCGCUGGGAACCAACGGGCACUUUGUCCUGAGCCACGAUGGCGGGCCCUUGGCCUAUGCCCAAUGGGCUCCAAAUCAGCCGAACAAUGCCACUGCCAACGAGUGUGUGGCCUAUGCGAACAACAAUGGAUUCGGAUACCACAAUACCCAAUGCGACUUCCACCAGUUCCCUUUUGUGUGUCAGGCGAAGAAGAUUGAGUCGGAAAGUUAUUUGUGCCUGAAGAAGAACCAGUUCGUGCAGAUUGAACUGUGAAUAGAAUCUUGUACACGAA